CCCCGCGCACCUGCCCCGCCCACGCCCGCCCCACGCACCUGCCGGGUCCGCACCUGCCAUUUGCCCAACUGGCCGUACACCCAGCUGGCCCGCCCCUGCUGGACCCGACCGCUGCCCGCCCCUUGCCUUCCUGACCCACGGGCUCCGUUGCAGUCGCCCGGGAGCUGCCGCCAGGGCCGGGAGGGGAGCGGCACCUGGAAGAUGCGCCAGGUGGCCAGCGGUCCCCUGAAGGUUGUGCUCCUGGUCUUCGCCUCCUUGUGUGCCUGGUAUUCCGGGUACCUCCUCGCAGAGCUCAUCCCGGAUGCGCCCCUGUCCAGUGCUGCCUAUAGCAUCCGCAACAUCGGGGAGAGGCCUGUCCUCAAAGCCCCAGCCCCCAAAAGACAAAAAUGUGACCACUGGACUCCCUGCCCAUCUGACACCUAUGCCUACCGGUUACUCAGUGGAGGCGGCAAAGACAAGUAUGCCAAAAUCUGCUUUGAGGACAGCCUGCUCAUGGGAGGAAAGCUGGGGAACGUCGCCAGAGGAAUAAACAUUGCCGUUGUCAACUAUGUAACUGGGAAUGUGACAGCAACAAGAUGUUUUGAUAUGUAUGAAGGCGAUAACUCCGGACCGAUGACAAAGUUUAUUCAGAGCGCUCCUCCAAAAUCCCUGCUCCUCAUGGUGACAUAUGACGACGGAAGCACAAGACUGAAGGAUGAUGCCAAGAAUACCAUAGAAGCACUUGGAAGUAAAGAAAUCAGGAACAUGAAAUUCAGGUCUAGCUGGGUAUUUCUUGCAGCAAAAGGCUUUGAACUCCCUUCAGAAAUUCAGAGAGAAAAGAUCAACCACUCUGAUACUAAGAACAACAGAUAUUCUGGCUGGCCAGCAGAGAUCCAGAUAGAAGGCUGCAUACCCAAAGAACCAAGCUGACACCCCAGGGUCCUUAAUAAAUGUGUUCUGUAUAAACAGGUACAGCUGGAAUCACUCAAGAAUCUUAUUUUUCUAAAUCCAGCAGUCCAGAUUUGAUGACUAUUUUGGGUUUGUUGUAAACCAAUGGACAUUUGCUAGUUGUAUCAAAUCUUGGUACGCAGUAUUUUCAUACCAAUAUUUUAUAUAGUGAAGAUGUCAAUUAGCAGGAAAUUAAAAUGAAUGGAAAUUC